GUGGAACUUGUACGCCAGAUGCGAAUCCCUUUCAAAGUGCUUCAAAAAAACUGUUAAUUUUUAACCAGUACAACUACAAAAAACUCUAAUUAUUAUCCUUUGACUGAAAAAUGGCAAAUGCUGGAGACGUUCUUAUAUUUUUGAUUAGCCAUUCCUACUUAUUAGUUUUUAUUUUUACAUGCAUUCAAGGAGUUCCAAGCCCUGAACACGACCUGCAUAAAGAUCUGCAGCUCAACUACAGCAGGAGCAUCCGCCCAGUGCUGAACUUCUCCCAUCCCACACGCGUGCUGUUCGGGGCAUCCCUCUACCAACUGGUCGCCUUCGAUGCUAAACAGGAGACCAUGAGUCUCAUUCUGUGGCAGAGGACGCAGUGGACAGACGAAUACCUCAGGUGGGAUCCGUCUAAGUAUUCUGGCAUUGAGAAGACGCGCUUCGGAAUGACGGAAGUGUGGAUUCCGGAUAUGCUGCCCUUCAAUGAUGUCGGAGAGUACGACCCACUCAAGUUCAAGCAGGUUAUCCCGGUGUCCGUCACCUCAUCUGGCUACGCCUCCUGGCUCACUCGGGCAACCACGACCACCACCUGCAGCAUGGACGUGUCCAACUUCCCCUUCGACAAACAACUCUGUCACAUUGCACUGGGCUCAUGGCAGUACAGUUCCAAGGAGGUGAAUAUCGACUGUGCGGAGGGGGGACUGGACUUAGACUCGUACCAGGAACAUUCGCAGUGGACAAUCACAAAUACCUCGUGCACCCGUAUCUCUGAUGUGUUCCCAUCUGGACAAUACACCUAUCUCAACAUCACAGUGUCCCUGCGGAGACUGAACUCCUUCUACGUCCGCAACAUCAUCCUCCCCAACACCAUACUCCUCAAACUCAGCACCCUCACUUUCUUCCUACCUUGCGAGUUGGGGGAGAGACUAGGGUAUGGAGUGACUAUUUUGCUGGCUGUAUGUGUCAAUUUAAUCGUGGUAAUGGAUUACCUCCCCGAAACCUCACGUACAAUGCCCAUAGUAUGUCACUACUUCUUCUUCAGCAUUCUGCUAUGUGGACUUUCGCUUUUAUUGUCAACUAUCAUGGUCAACUUCCACGUGAAAAAACGGAACAGAAAAGUGAGUGAACAUCAUUUUCAGAUCGUGAAUUUGCUAAAAGGUGUGAAAAGAUCAAAGUCAGUAGUGAAUCAGAAGGUUGGCACAGAUGAAGGUCCAAACGACCAAUCAGAAUCAAAGGAAUCCGUUUCUUCCGAAGAGCUAUUUGAAGGUACAGAAUCCACGGCUGAACUGGUUCCACAGGGAAAAGGAAACUCAUAUUUAUGGAAAGUUAGACAUCAAGCUGCUUUCAUAGACAAGGUGUUGGGCAUCUCAUAUUGUGCAGUAACAUUUGGUGUAACUGGUUGCUUCCUUUAUUUUGUGACUACUACAGAUUAAUUUUU